UGUUAGCCUCUAUCUUCUUAUAUCUCUUUCUCAAUUAUUAAUGUUAUCCACAAUAUUUUUGCAGUAUAAAAGAUCAGAAUAUUAAAUUUCAGAUACACUCCAACGGUAGCAAAUGCAAACAGCCUGACUAUAUAAAACGCAGCAUUUACACAUUUUUAGCAGCAACAGAAGCAAUCCGUCCGCUUUUCUUGAUCUCCGACGACUCAGAUUCUGACACAACAAUGGAAACCGGAAAGAGAAAUAAAGGUGAGCAAAUGAUGAAUGAGAGAGCUUUAAACGCUUUUAAAGCAGCGGAAGCUCUAGGUAUUCAUCGCGAAGAGGUGAAGCCGAUUUUGAAGAAUCUUUUGAGUGUGUUUGACAGGAAUUGGGAGCUUAUUGAAGCUGAUAAUUAUCGAGCACUUAUCGAUGCUUAUUUUGAUUCCAAGGAAAAUAAGGCAACUGAAGGUCAGAAAGUAAGUAGUCUCAUAAGAAAUGAUGAGUCAAGAAAACCUUCCAAGGGAAGCCAUGUUGAAGAGCAACAGGCUCAGACCAAAAUCAAAGCAAAAAAAGUAGAAGGUCAAUCAUCAAUGACUAGUCUCGAACCUGGAAUCAGGGAGAAACAGAAAGGUAUUGUCAACUCCGGAAAAAGAAAGGCACCUAUAGACAUGAUUUCAAUUUCUGAGCAACCAGUUGCUGUAUAUGACUCUUCUCAUCCUCAACGAAAGUAUGUUUUCAGCAACCGUAAUAGCAGAGACACUACAGAGAAAAACACCGUUCAAUUGCCUGAUAUUGCAGAUCUUUCAGGUUCAGCAUCCAAUGAUAAAAAGAACUUGGCUGUUGCAAAAUCAAGCCUGCAGGAAGAAGUGCAAUUAUUGUUAAAGUGUGACUAUGCAGUUACCCAUCCAAAUUUUAAAAUUCCUGAUCUAAGUUCAGUUCAUAAAUUUUUGGAGGCUGAAUACCUGAAAAACGAUCUCAUUACUUCACGAUUUUCAUUGAGGAAUCUGUUGAAUGACUUCUGUAAAGCGUAUUUACAACUUGGAAACUUUUCGGAUUCUGCUAAUGUGGCAAACAAGCAAGAAGAAAAUACGAAAAGGAUUUUUCGUAAAAUAAACGACAUAUCAAAAGGAUCAGAGCCUGUCAGAAUUUCAUUAGUGGAUGAAAUAGGAAAUGAAGUUCUUCCAGAAUUCAAUUACAUGUCAGCAAAUACAAUUUAUCAGAAUGCUUACCUGCAAUUCUCGCUCGCGCGGAUUUCAGACGAAGAUUGUUGUGCAAGCUGUUCAGGAAACUGUAUUUCGUCUCCGAUACCAUGUGCUUGUGCUCGUGAAACUGGCGGCGAGUUUGCUUAUACAAAGCAAGGCCAUUUAAAGGAAGAGUUUUUGACAGCCUGUCACUCUAUGAGACGAAAUGCGAGACCGGAUCAAUUUGUUUUCUGUCAGAAUUGUCCACUGGAGAGAUCUAAGAAUGAGUAUAUGCCUGAGAAAUGUAAAGGCCACUUGGUUAGGAAGUUCAUCAAGGAAUGUUGGAGGAAAUGUGGAUGCAAUAUGAAUUGUGGAAAUCGAGUCGUUCAACGGGGCAUUACAAGCAAUUUGCAGGUAUUCAUGACCGGUAAAGGUAAGGGUUGGGGUCUGAGACCACUUAAGGACCUGCCAAAAGGAAGUUUUGUUUGUGAGUACGUCGGAGAAAUAUUGACUAACAUGGAAUUAUAUGACCGGAAUCUGUUGAGUAACGGCGGUGACCGGCACACAUAUCCGGUUACACUUGAUGCUGACUGGGGAUCAGAAAGAAUUCUAAGUGAUGAACACGCCCUUUGCUUAGAUGCAACUUUUAGUGGAAAUGUUGCAAGGUUUAUCAAUCAUAGAUGUGAAGAUGCAAACGUAAUUGAUAUUCCAGUUGAAGUAGAGACCCCAGAUCGGCACUAUUAUCAUUUUAUGCAGCUUGCUUUUUUUACUACAAGAGAAGUUGGUGCAUUGGAAGAAUUAACUUGGGAUUAUGGGAUUGAUUUCAAUGAUGAAGAUCAUCCAAUUAAAGCAUUUGGAUGUUGUUGUGGAAGUGCUUCAUGUAGAGAUGUGGCUGGGAAGAGGAUGGGGAAAGAACAACAAGCAAAUGACAAAGCACUAAAAUUCCCUAUUGAAAAAAGUAUGAGUCGAAUGAAAGGUAUAUAAGUGAAGAAAAUUAUUACAGUAUAUUAAACUUUUGAAAUGAAUAUGGUGUUCUGCUCAUAGUUGUUGUAGUUUUUGUAAAAAAAUUAUGAAUAUAUUCUCUCUAAUACAUAGCGCCCAAUCUGAUUGGAACAUCAAUUUUGAUGAAUUGGACCAUACAAAGAUGGUAGCCAUCA